GAUGACGUUGUACGGAACAAGGAAGAGACGAACUGAAACUUCGGCGUCUGGCGAUUUAAACUAGAUUUAACACCGGUUAUAGGUUUAAAUAUCAGAAGUCGACCAUCGGAUAUUAAAAGACACAACCAACUAUCUAAAGGCUAGUGCAGUUUGAGUGACUGAAUCCAGAAGUAAGAAGAUAGGAAUUGAGGAAAUUCUGAGACCAAGGUUUCAGCACAGGUCUGAACAGGACAGGUGUGAGAUGCAUGUGACGGUGCGUGAGGUCUGUAUCUCCUCGGAGUCGGAGACUUCCUACUUCCUGCGAGUGGAGUGGAUGGGGCGGGACUUAGGCUCUGGCUUCCUGUUACUGCUCACUGAUGGACAGAAUGCAUGGAGAGGAGUAGUAUCAGAGGAUGCAGUGCGGGAGGAGGCAGAGGAGUUGGAGAUGCAGACAGAUCGUUACAUCCAGGACCUCCAGCAGGCCCUGACUGGGACUGGACCCUCUACUGACUACAGCUUCACCUUGACCCAUAACCCCGGCCCAAUGGCCAACACGACCCUGUCCUACGAGAAGGUGCAGAGGGACAUCUCGUUCUGCCUGGGUUCUGUGUUGCUGGGUAAGAUUCCAGAGCCAGUGGAGGAGGUUAGAGCGUUACUGACUCACGGUCUAGAACGUGGAACCGCACUGCAGAACCACAACCACUUACUAAAGGAGGAGAACCACAGACUCAAACAGGAGCUACAACACAUCAAUGCAGAGUUGCAGCGGUUUGUCAGUGGGAAGGAGACACUCGAGUCAGAGCUGUACUCUCGCUUCACCCUGGUGCUGAAUGAGAAGAAGGCCAAGAUACGCAGUCUGCAGAAGAACCUUACACACCUGCAGGAGACCAGGGAAGAGGGAGAGAGCAGCAGUCCAGGGAAGGGAACGAAAAAGACGACAGGACAGACCAGAGAGAAGGAUGAAUAUGAAGCGAGCACUGAUGAUGAGCAGUUACAGCCUGCCUCUAUAGAACCCACCCAGGGGUCUUCGCGUAGCCGCAGCCCAUUGGACGACAGUCUGAAUGACAUCCCAGACGUGGCACCCUCCCGUAAACGACGCUUCCGCCACCUGCAACCUCCUGACACCGUUGCUAAGAGACCGACCUCGGAGCCAGCGCAGAAACCGAGGAGGGACCCCCUGCCAUCAUCCAGAGCAGCAGCCAAUAAGGACCAGGCUCCCCAGCAUUCUAGUGAUGUCAUUCCUGAUGCUGAGGACCUGUUUGAGGACAUCUGAGUUCUAACCACUCACUCCUCAAUCAAAUUCUUUCCCUCCCUCACUCCUUUCAUCUCUCUCUCCCUCUAUCACUUUCGUCUGUCACUCUAUCAGCCAGUCCUAACUCUCUUAGAACCCCUUCCCCUAAUUAACCCCUUCGAUGUUUGGAGAUCUGAAAGAUUUGGAUAGGUGUAAACAGUGCGGUGAUGGAGCUCCCAUCCUAUUCCUUCCACCUUACAGAUCCAAAUGUAAAAGUGUAUUAUUAAUAUCAUGAAUUUGGCAUCCUAUUUAUGGUGAUAAUGGUAACUAAUUUUAAAAUGACAAAGAUCCAAUCAACUAUGGAUAGUGUACCUAGUUUCACUCUGCAUACAUAAAUCUAACAUAAGUCGGAAUGUACUUUCACAUACACUGUAAAAGAAAUAAAUAAAUAUAUAUAUUCAGCGUACAAUUGUAAGGUAACCAUCCAGGCCCGGCUCGAGGAGGACAUGAACGAGGGAACAUUUUAUAUUCAUGGGGGGGGGGCUCUUCGACCCUCCGGACAAGUUACCUUAGUCUGAAGCUAUUGAUGUGCACACCGGUGUCAAACUUGUCCGCAGUAUGUGUAGGUGCGUUGAUAAACCGCAAUGUGACGCUGAAUUGGAAAAGCUUUGCCAGGAGGGCACCGAGCACGCCAGCUCCAAGGAAACGAUGGAGACAACUCUGCGAGAGUAUGUCGUUGAAAGCACAAAGCAUUUUUUACAUAUUUUUUUUUGCAAACAGACAGAGAAAAUGUGUUUUGGAAAAAUGUUUUGGCAAGCUCGCAAUCCUAUUGCAGCUGGUUGCCUUACAAUUGUACAAUUUAAUCAACAUAUAUUUUUUAAUGAUUUAUUUUAGUGUACAGCUAUUGUCAGAGGAGUUAAUUACAACGAUUCAAUGGUAGUCUACGCAGAUGAGUAUGAAAGUUGAUCGAUGUCUAACUGUGUUGACAUGAUGGCUCAGCAUAUACAAGCUUGUUUCCAAAGCUAAGUAGGAUACAUGGAGGUAGGCAACUAGAUGAUAGACUCGUUCUCGCCGAAGUGCAUUACCCCUCAUAUACCUGUAGGAGUCGCUGUUCAGGCAGGAAUUGUUGGACUUAUUGGCUUCACAUUUUAUUUCAAUAUACACUAUAUAUACAAAAGGAUGUGGACACCCCUUCAAAUUCUUGGAUUUGGCUAUUUCAGCCACACCCGUUGCUGACUGGUUUAUAAAAUGAGCACACAGCCAUGUAAUCUCCAUAGAC